UUAAGAAACUACUAUUUAGCGUCCACUUGGUUGGCGUUUUGUUUAGCGUGUGUAAACAGAAGUGUCUUCCAGGGUGGAAGGAGGCGCUGUGGUCAUUUUGUCACAACAUUGCUCAAUCUACAACAGAGGAAGAGCAGUCUUUUUUUUCUUCAGCCUGCAGAGCAGAGACCAGAGUCGCAGCAUCCGCAGCCAGUGAAGGGGAAAAUACAAAAAGGAGUAAUCAUGCCGAUGUUCGCAGUGAACACCAACGUGGCCAAAAGUGAUGUACCGGCGGCUCUGCUGUCUGAGGCGACCGAGGAGCUGGCCAAAGCUAUGGGCAAACCUGCACAGUACAUUGCUGUGCAUGUCAACCCUGACCAAAUGAUGAUGUUUGGAGGAAAGGGAGACCCCUGCGCGCUCUGCUCCCUUCAUAGUAUUGGAAAGAUAAGCGGUGCUCACAACAAGCAAUACUCUAAACUCUUGUGUGGACUGCUCAACAAACACCUGGGCAUCUCUCCUGACAGGAUUUACAUUAAUUUUAUUGACAUGGAUGCAGCCAAUGUGGCCUGGAACAACACUACCUUUGCCUGAGAUGGUGGUCAACACACUGAAAUAGGAGAUCAUUCUAGUAUUUUCCUAUAUGUACGAGCAUAGUUACAUCUGGCAAAAUGAAGAGGCAAAGACGCAUGGUAAUUAAAUGGCCAAUAUACUGUAUGGCUAUCUUUAAAGCACUUAGACGGACCCUUUUUAGAGUUGCACUGAUCCUUUUCCAUUAAAAUGCAAUAAAGCAAACCCUGCAGACCAUAAA